CAGGCAUAUGUGCGGGCUCCUCGCGCGGGGUCCUUCAGGAAUAGUGCUAAAUAAAGAUGGCGACGGCCGCAGCGCUGCAGUUUCAUGCUAAAGUUUCACAUUUAAACGAUUAUAAUGAUUUAUUUCCUGACUGGACGAGCAGAGAAGUCAGCACAGGGACCACCAUCAUGGCGGUGGAGUUUGAUGGUGGAGUUGUGAUGGGUGCUGACUCCCGCACGACCACCGGUGCUUACAUUGCCAACCGUGUGACAGAUAAACUCACGCCCAUCCACGACCGGAUCUUCUGCUGCCGCUCGGGUUCAGCGGCCGACACACAGGCCAUCGCCGACGCCGUCACCUACCAGCUGGGCUUUCACAGUAUCGAGCUGGAUGAAGCUCCUCUGGUCCAGACGGCUGCGAGUCUGUUUCGGGACAUGUGCUACAGAUACAGAGAAGAGCUGAUGGCCGGGAUCAUCGUGGCGGGCUGGGACAGACGCAGAGGUGGACAGGUGUACACGGUGCCCGUUGGCGGGAUGUUGACCAGGCAGCCGGUGUCUGUCGGUGGAUCUGGCAGCAGUUACAUCUACGGCUAUGUGGAUUCAAACUACAAAGUUGGAAUGAGCAAAGAAGAGUGUCUGAAGUUCACUGCCGGAGCGUUGACUCUGGCCAUGGAGAGAGACGGCUCCAGUGGAGGAGUGGUGAGACUGGCCGUCAUCUCUGAACAAGGUGUGGAGAGACAGGUCAUCCUCGGGAACCAGUUACCACAGUUCUCCAUCGUCUGAAUGCCACGCACACUGAUCUGUCAAUUAAACACGUUUCUGUAGAUCAAAUAAACAUGACUUCAAACUG